AUGUUUUCUGCUGUGAAAAGAAGCGCAGCGCGCCGUUUUUUGGCUUGUCAACCGAAACCACGCAACAAUUUUCUAUUGUAAUAAUCUUACCAAAUGUGACGAAUUCCCUAAUGUUUUAUCCUAAACCGCGAAGUGUUCAAUGCACUGAGCAUAGUAAAGUAUAAUACAAUAAAAGUGUUUACUUAAAUUAGACUGGAAAUAGUGUUCCCACCGAAGUGACCCGCGAACUCUCAACAUGCCUCUGUUGAAAAGGAAAGCCUUUGAGAAAUCGACGGCGUCGGGGUACCUCCGGGACGACGAUGAGGUUUUCCACUGUGAGAUCACCGACGAGAUUUUCAAGGACUAUGAGGAGUACUGUGAGAGAAUUAUACUGGUUAAUUCUAUGGUUUGGACAUGUGAGAUGACCGGCAAGAACAACUUGACAUAUGCUGAAGCGCUGGAGAGUGAGAAAGCAGCCCGAAGAUCGCUGAAAGAUUUUCCAAUGGAGCUCCGUAUACCAAUAUUGUUCUUGGCAGCCCUGACUAAGAGAUGUUCAUUUGCUGAAAUGUCAGAAGAUGUGUUCAACUUUGUGAGAGAGAGGUACUUUGUGGGGGAGACUGUGGAGGCCUGUCUGGAGGGGGACCUGUGGAAGGAGGCCCAUGUGCUGUCCGUCACUGCUCAAAAACAGCAGCCCGGCAGCAAAGAGAUGCUGCCAGCAUCUUGGUACUGCUACGAAGUGGAGCAGUAUGACGAGGCCGACGCAGCAUCCGGCCAGAUCGGCACCGCGCCGCACGACCGCGUGCGCCGGCGCAAGGGCGUCUACAGCCGCGACAAGAACCGGCUGUUCCUCAAGCAGUUUGUGGAGAUGGGCCCUGGUGGUGUCAUCGGUAUCAAGAAAGCAGCGAUGGACAAGUACAACAUCAGCAAAGUGACGUUCGAGCACAUAUUCACGGGCAGUGCCCCCACAUUCCCAGCAUCCAAGAAGCUGCUGAAGCCGAGCCAGUCCCCAGGCUCGGCCAGCAAAACCAAAUCAAUCAAGAAAGGCAGUCCCACGAAGGGCACUCAGCAGAGCAUGGAUAAGUUUGUCAAGAAGACCGAUAAAUCUGAAGUAACAUCAAAACCGAAGCUCCCACCGAAUCCAGAAGCCAAGAAGAGCGCCCAAGAGCUAGCGGAGAAGAUGCGGCGUGCGGAAGAUCAGAUGCGACAGCGGAAAGAAGAAGAGAAAGCUAAGAAGAAAGAGAAGAAUGCACGGCUGCAAGCGUAUCUUAAAGAGUGGCAGAAGAUAAAGGAAGACUUGGAUUUAGAGGACCAUAAGGUCAUACCAGACGGUACGCCAAUAGAAAUCGAGGGCGUCCAUCAGCGGCACAUCGGCGACUUCCUCUCCGUGCUGGAGUUCGUGCACACGUACAGUGACGUCAUCAAGGCGAAGGACGUCUUCCACUCCGGCCUGGACGUGGAGACCUUCAGGAAAGCGUUGUGCGUGAAGGAACACGCGGGCGUGUUCAGUGACCUGGUGCAGAUGUUGCUGACCACGAUAUUCUCGCUACAGGAGGACGAGGCUGAGGAGUACAAUGAGAGGGGCGGCAUAGAGGAAUCUAAUAGCGAUGAAGCGAUGGAAAUGGACAGUGAGGUGGGCAUGACGCGGGCGGUGGAGCUGGCCACGCGCGCCAGCAAGUGGGCGCAGACCUACCUCGGGACGCCGCUCAGCAAGUUGCCUCUCGACCCCACCACCGUCAGCGAAGUACUGAGACUGCACCUGCUGUCGUCGGGGUCAGUGGGGGGCGCGCGGUGCGCCACAUGGCGCUACCAGCAGCGCGGCGGCUACAGCAGCCACGACGACCCGGGGCUGCGGCUGCGGCUGCGGCGGCCCGACCUGCUGCGGCGUCUGCGUCACGACCACGUGGCCGACCUGCCGCUAGACGACAAGAUGAUAGUACUGCAGUGUUUAAUGAAUCAAAUACUGAGCUACGCGACCGUCCGCGACAUCAUUGAGGAGAAAUUGGACGAGCUCAAGAAUUUGAAACACGCUCUUAGGACACUCACGAUAAACGAGCGUAAACGCCUAAACCAAGUGGCACUUUCCGGAAGCGAGCUCAAGAAAGAGUAUGCAGUGAAGAAGGAGGAACAAAAGCUCACCGGCGAGAAGGCGAAAGCUCACGAGGAAGAACUGAAAGCUGCCAUUGCGAAGCUCGCGAAGGAGAGCGAGCAGAAGAAAGUGGAGUAUGAGAAGAAGCAUAAGGAGAUGCAGUUGGGCCUCUUUGACUACACCUCUUAUCUCGGCAUGGACCGCGCGUACCGGCGCUACUGGGUGUUCCAGUCGCUGGGCGGACUCUUCGUGGAGGCGGGCGCUGAGUCCCGCGGCAGCUGCGUCUGCGUCGACGGGGACGGGGACAGAGCAGCAGCCAGCAGCGACAAGGAGAACGAGUCUGCCGCGAACUCCCGCUCGGGCUCCCCGCGCAAGGCGCCCCGGCAGCCGCAGCUCUACGUCUGCUGCGGCCGUCGCCGCGUCUGCUGGCCGCACGGCACUGGUGACCACCGACCCCAGUGGUGGGUGUACAACACAGAGGAGCAGAUCUCCAGUCUCAUCGAGUCUCUCAACAAGAGAGGAGUAAGAGAAUCAGAUCUCCGUUCGGCACUGGAGCAGGAGCUGCACAAUUUGGCCAAACACGUCACGAAGUGUCCUAUGCAUAUGUUGACUCCGACUGUUCCUACGCCGGCCGCCAGCAGCCACAGCCACAGCACGCGGCAGCGCAAGCCGCCGCCGCCGGCGCUGGCUGUGCCGCCCGGCGGCGACCUCUCCGAGGCGCUGGAGCUCUCCCUCAGGGACCACAUCCUGGAGCUCGAGGAGAAGAUCUUUCACGGAUGUCUCGGUUCUAUUAAAGUUAAGGACCGGUCGGCGUGGCGCGGCACGCUGAUGCUGCGCGGGUACGACAAGCAGGCGCAGUAUCUGCAGUGGGGGCCCGGCCUGCAGUACCGCGACGACUACCAUCUGCCCGGCGGGGAGCUGCGGCUGCCCAGCGACAUAGGCGAGGAGGACGUGAAAGCCAUACCCACAAACAAGUACCGCGACCCGGGGCACUAUCUGGAAGGGCCCAAGGCCAACGGCAUCAAGCCAGAGCCCCGGGAGAAGGCCCCGCCGGCACCUGAGGUCAUCAGGGGCCUCGCCUCCGCGUUACUGCAAGUGGAACAGGCUAUACACCACAAAUACAUACGGAGGCCGUUGGGCCUCGACGAAAAGGAGCGCAAAGAGCGAGAAGCGAAAAACAAACCACUCACACUAGACGCCUUGGAACGCUGGGAGGUGUCGCUGAUGGAAAGCCGCAGCUUCGCUCAGAUCGUGCUGCAGCUGCUGGCGCUCGACUCCAGCGUCAUGUGGUCCGCCAGCAUCCUGCACGCGUCUUGCAGGAUCUGCCGCAGGAAGACCGACCCGGACAAUAUGCUGUUGUGCGACGCGUGCAAUAAGGGACACCAUCUUUAUUGCCUCAAACCAAAACUCACGAAAGUACCUGAGGGCGACUGGUUCUGCCCGAGCUGCAAGCCCAAGGAGGAGCGCACUCCGCGCAGGAGGAGGAAGCUCUUCUCCGACGAGGAGCUCGAGGAGGUGCUGGACGACAGCGACGCGGAGCCGGAAGUGGACACGGGCGUGUGCGCGUCGUGCGGCAGCGGCGGCGUGCUGUCGCGCGCGUGCGCCGCGUGCUGUGCGCGCUUCCACGCCGAGUGCGCGCGCGUGCGCUCGGUGCGUGCGCCGCGGCGCUGGCUCUGCGACCUCUGUCUGCAUCCGCCCAGGGAGGUGCGCCGCUGCGCCGCGACCGCAUUGAGCAACAUCCACAGCUACACGCGAGCCCAGAUCAGAAACAGCUCCGAUUCAGACGACAGUGAAUGCAACGUGGCGCUGGUGAAGCUGAAGAAGUCGUCGCGAAGCAGUAAGGAAUCUUCUCCGGUGCUCAACGGCAGCCGGAAGUCACGCAAAUCACAAGAAACCACAAACACAUCAAGAAGAUCAAAGAAUUCACUAACAAAUGGAGUACAUGAGGAGGGGACGGGCAAAGGCAAGCGCAGCCGCGCGGCGCCGCUGCGGCCGCGCGCGCUGCGGCGGCUGCUCACCGACGUCAUGCGGCACCGCGACUGCUGGCCCUUCUACGAACCCGUCAACGUCGAUGAGGUCCCGGACUACCUGGACGUGAUAUCGGAGCCGAUGGACUUCACGAGCAUCAAGCAGAAGCUGGAGCUGGGCCAGUACAGCGCGGACGCGCAGCUGCUGGCGGACGCGGCGCUCGUGCUCACCAACUGUUACGUCUACAACAAGGACACCCAUCCGGUCGCCAGAGCGGGCUACCGACUAGAAAAGUACAUAAACAAACGCUGCAGCGAACUCGAUCUGCCUUGCCUCCCGGAGAUCAUCCUGGAAGGCGGAGACGAGGGCGGGGCCAGUGGGUCCAGCGGGACCAAGCGCGGGGCCAGCGGGGACGAGGGCCCGCGCGCCAAGCGGGCCCGCAGACAGUGAGCCCGCGCGCCCGCUCGGCUGCGGGACUGCGUCACGUACUGAUGUGACAGUGUAGUGAUACUGGUAAGUGAUAGUGAUAGUGAUAGUGACCAAAAGUGAUUGUGCAUCUUUACCGCUGAGGUGUGAUGGUAAGGGUCCGGCAAGAUUGCUCUGUUGUUCUCCGUAACGCAACGGAGCAAUGGAUCCGGGCUUAAGAUGGACGAAAUUUUUGUUUCUAGAUAACUCGAUGCUCUAGUUGAGUUCCAAAUGUUCCAUGCAUCUUAUUCUAUUUUCCUUCAGACCUUUAUGCUGAUUAAAUAAGUUAUGCACUUGCCAAUUUUUGCAUUUUUAUAUGUAAGAGUUACAAUUUCUUCAUUCAUUCAUUCAAAUAAAAUUCCAGUCUAAAUAUUUGUUAACUCACUCUGAGUUUUAUAAAAACUAACAGCUUCUUGCUAAAAUUAGAUAACCAAAUUGCAUGAAUUUGCUCAAUAUGAGCACUAAACAAAUGUACAAACGAGACCCGACCGUAUUGUGAUCUUAUAUAAACUUUAAAGCAGUUUUCCCAAUAGUUUACUUGCAUUAUACAAAAAGUUAUUUGAAUAUAAAUUGAGAUUACUAUAAUGAUUAAGGUUACUAAUUUUAAAAAAGAUAUUGUAGGUCCUCAGUUUUUAAUAAUAAAAAUAUGAUGGCAUUCAUAAAAUUAUUUCUAUGAUAAAUUGAAGAAAAUGUGACGAUGAAUGAUGUGUUAUAAAUAAGGAAUUACCUUAAUACUUAGCUUAUUUCGAUUUUGGAUGUCAAUUGUUGUAUAAAAAUAAUUUAGGAUUCGAAAUUAAUCAAUUUGGGUACAGUAAAUGUUGGUUGGUGCAUGUCGUGCAUCAAAAUGCAUUGGAGUAGAAUAUGUUUUCGCAAAAAUAAAUUGUAGAAAAAUAAAAUUAUAGUUUUCUGUACAUAUUAGAAAUGCUUUUGGAGCUCGUAAAUCUUAGACAAUUGAUUUAAAAUUUAAUUGUUUUAUUUUUGGGUUCAGUUUUUUUUUUUAGAUUGAGUAUGUAAUUAUUUUGUGUUAAAUUUGUCAGCUGUCAUUUUACAGUUACAGGACAGUGUACAGUCAACUACAAAUCGUGCUCAUGCAUGGAUUUUUAAUCCAAGAAUUUAUAUUAUUGUGGACUCCUAACACAUUGGAUCUUUUGUCGAUUCUGUUAUACCAUAUAACUAGUAGUAUAAAUUGAACUAAAUCCUUUCUGACGCAAUAAUAAAGGUGAAUUCACAAUUUAUUUAGGUAGGUUGAUGUGUCGUUGACUGUACAUCAAAAAUGCCAGAGUAACAUUCCACAAGCACAGCAAUGUUCUUUAUGAAACUUUUUUGAAAAUUGUAUGCAUUUGUUUGGAAAGGACAGACAUAUGUCUAUUGUCACUCAUUCACAUAAUUUCAGUGUAGAUGAAAACUAGAUUUGAAAAUUCUCCCAAUAUUAAUACAAAUGGUGAUAUAAGGCAGUGCCUUUUAGAGACAUUUUGGACAUAGCUUAUCUUGUAUCUUAAAUAAAACUACUGGCAAACAUAUUUUUGAUUUGUAAUAAAUUUGCAUUUAGUGUAGUGUCAGUAUUGUAAAGUCUAAAGGCUAAAUUCAUGCAGUAUACAGACUUGUAAUAUAGAUUAAAAUGGAGACUACAUUGUUAUUAGCCUUUCUGAACAGGGUAACUUUUAAAAGAUCAGCUCCCUGGCAGUACUAGUAUAACGUUUGUCCUACGGGCUUCGAUUAUUGUUAGUUAAAUUUUGCUUACAUACAAAAAUAUUUUAUUUUUUCAAUUUAAUAACUCAAAGCGCAUGGCGUGCGAAAAGAUUUGGAGAGCACUCAGAGAGAGUCCUGUCUACGUCAGGACAGGACAAUAGAAUCUUUAUUUAAAUCAAAAUUUGUAGAAAGUGUGAUGCUGUCUAUGAAGUUUGCUGGUUUUUCACACACUGCAUAAAUUUACAGAGUAUAUAUGGCUUAGAGGAUAGUUAAUGGAAAUUACUAAUAACAUACAUACUCUCUCUUUUAAAUAGAUUACCCCAUUCCCUAACAGCAUUAUUAAUAAAUAGCAUAUUAUAUUCUCUGAUUAGACUUUCCAAAAUAUAGGUUUGUCCCUCUCUCUCUUUUCAAUAUUUGAGAUCAAAAGAACGAGACAAAACAAAGAGAUGACUAUUAGAUCUUAAUCAGAGAAUAACAUAUUUAUUUAUGGGGUAAAUUAAGUCUUUUUAUUAUGUUUAGUCAGUCCACAUCCUUGUGAACCUGUAAUCUUCAUCUACUUACAGUCUGUGAAGAAAUUUAACGAGGUUGCUAUCUCCUGUCCGGCAACCCUGGGUGUUCAUCAACCGAUCUUGACCAUUAUAUUUGGUAUUGCAAACAAAUGUAUUGACAAAUUAAUGUGUUUAAAAUAUGUUUUCUUGACAGACUGUAUCAGUUUGUAAUUUGGAUUCAUCUUUUUUAUGUUCAAAAUCUUUUGUUUUGUUUUAAAGAUUUUAUAUUGUUUUACAAUCAAGACAAUGAUGUUCCAUUCAUUAUUGAUUAUUGAAGGCUAAGCCGUUUUUCGUAAAAUCGCUGUGGAUUCUUGUAAAAUCGAGCAAGCGCAUUCCUGUGUAACAGAAAGAUCAACAUGUGAGCCGUUCUUAAUACCAAUUGCUUGCGAUUAUUUAUUGAUCUAAUUUAUAAUGUUUUUUUUUUUUAAUUUAUAUUGUAGUGAAUAAAGCACACGUACAGUA